CCCGCGCCCAACUCCUCCGCUGAACUGAUCACCAUGGCUUCAAACUCUGGAGCUGCUCCCAGUGCUGAAGGAUCCAGAAAUUUAACUUUGAAAAGGUGCCUUGAUGUGCUCAGGGAUGCAAAAAACGACAGCGAGCAGUUUGCAGCCUUGCUUCUGGUCACCAAAGCAGUCAGAGCAGGAGAAGUAGACUCUAAGACCCGUCGCCAGAUCUUUGAUGCAAUUGGAUUCACGUUUCCGAAUCGCCUGCUCACCUCCCGGGAGCCCCCGGCAGGCUGCCCAGAGCACAUGUUCCAGGCGCUUGGCCUUACCCUGCUGGCGUGUUUCUGCACCGAUCCAGAGUUAGCUGGCCACUCCCAGAUCCUGAACAAGAUCCCAACCUUCAAUGACAUCCUGGUUUCCCCCUGUAAUCCGGACAGUUCAUCCAUGGUCGAUGAUGUGUACCAGUGUCUGACUGCUGUCAUGGCCACUCCCAGGGGCCCCAAAGAGUUGGUGUGCAAAGGAACAGUGUCUGCCCUCUGCCAGGCCUAUGUGAAUUGCAGUUAUGGCUCUGACCGUGCCUUGCAGCUGCUUAUGGGGCUGUUGGCCACAGCAGAGGCCAAGUGCUGGCAGAGAGACACUCCGCACCUCUUGGCCGUGCUGAGCAAGCUCUCUGACGAGUUUCUCAAGACUGAAGACAUGACCAAAUUUGACCUGUGUGAGGUUCUUCCUCACUUCAUUCCCCUGACACCGCCCCUCAUGCAGGACUCGCAGGGCUCUGAGUGCCUCCAUAGACUUUACAAAGGACUGGCUAAAAUUCUGAGCAGUAAACUCAGCCAGUCGCAGCGGGACCCUGCUCUGAAGCUUGCUGCCUGCCUUAUGCAGGCCUGUGGGUCAGAGUGGAUCCCAGCAGACCGUGCUGGAAGCAAGUUCUUGGCCUUGCUGGUGAACUUGGCCUGCGUGGAGGUCCGCCUGACUCUGGAGGAGCCAGAUCCCCUAGAGGUGGAGGGGAAGAAAGAAGUGGUAACAGCCUGCUAUGUCCUUAUUGAGAUGGGCAAAGAGAAGCCACUGCUAGAAGAGAUGCAGAAAAUGCAGCUCUUGAGGAUCAUGGAGGAGGCAUUUGGCGCUGUAAUAUUCUACUUGAGACAGGUUGGACGGGAGGAGCUACAUGAUCCUUUCAUAUUUGCUUCUGUUCGAAUCCUUGGAGCCUGGAUGGCAGAAGAAACAUCCUCCCUCAAACGGGAAAUCUGUGAGCUGUUGCCUUUCCUCGUUCACUACGCCAAGAAGCUUUUCAAAGAGGGAGAGACAGCUGCAAGUCUUCCUCAGUCUGAUGGGAUGCUGGCCGGGCUCGACAGCUCCAAGGGCUCAGGCUUACCCCGGGAUGCUCUGAGAUUUCUGCUGCCUGGCUUUUGCCAUUUAACAGCAGAGGACAAGCCCCGGGACAUCCUCGUCUCAGAAGGGGCACCAGCACUGCUGUGUGAGUACUUCCUGCAUCACUGGGAGGUGCUGAUGUCAGAGCCCGGGUCCCUGACUCCGCUAACAAGCACUGAAAUGAGUCUACAGACUGCAUGUGGGAUUUUCUUUAACCUGGUCGUGACUGCACCAGACCUUAUCAGGCGAGAGAAAUCCUUUUCCUCUCUGAUGGACAUGUUGCUGAAGUCUCUGCCAUUUCUGCUACCCCAGAAAGAUCACCUGGUUCUAGCGGCCAACAUUGCCACUCUGGGCUUGAUGAUGGCCAGGAUCCUUGCAAGUCCAGCAGUUCUUCAGGGGACCCAAUCUGCCAAGGAGUUUUUUGGAGCUACCAUUCGCUUCCUAUCAGAGGCCCACGCUGCCCAAACAGACCCCACCAGCCACUGUUUGGCCAUGGCUGUGUCGCCUGCCUAUGAGACUGCCUGGGCUGACGUCCGUGAGCUUUGGUUCCUGGGGAUGCAGGCCUUUGCCAGCUGUGUGUCACUUUUCCCGUGGUUGCCACAGACAGUCCUCCAGGCACGGUGGCUGGAAGGCCUCUCGGAGUUGUUGGCCCAAGUCACUCCAGCCUCAGUGGAUUUUGAACUCAUUGCUGCUUUCCAGGGUGUCUUGGUAGAGCUGGCCAGAGUCAGUAAGCCAUGCAAAGAAGUGAUCCUGUCGCACCAGGGGGAGGAAUGGGCAAAUCUUUAUGGUAUGGCAGCUUUGGAACAGUGUCUUUCUGAGCAAUAAAGCUCUUUUCACCAGCAGUCUAGGGUGGAAAAUAAAGCCUGGCAUCUGCACAAGAUGUAUUAAACAAUCCUCACACCCUCUGAUGCUGAAUAGGGACGCGAGGCAUUUAAAAGACCAGACUUCAUAAAAUUAGAGCAGUGCAGCAGAGCUCAGCAGGAUUUGCUCAGUCCAGAUACUUGACAUCCAGAACAGUUGCUGCCUCAGUAUAUUUCAAGAUGUACCUACUCGACCUUUUGUCAAUAUUUCUUUAUUUUUAAAAACAACCCUUUUUACUUCUGAAGAAGUUUUCUGUUGCUUCAUUUUUCUUUGUUGCCACACUGUUGGAAUUUACUUCUGCCCAAAGCACUAGCAUGGUGCCUCCUUUCCCCUUGCACUAGCAUGGUGCCUCCUUUCCCCUUUAACAUGCUCUCACAGUUUCUUCACAGUAAUCCCCUGAAGAUGUCACCUUAAUUUGUUUUCUGUCAGAGACCUGCAUAUGUUAGUAAGGUAAAUUUGCAUGACAAGUGGAAGGCUUCAAACACUAGGGAAAGGAAGAGUUUUAGAAUUUACCAGUAGAAAGGAGAAUAACUUUACCUGUAAUUUGGCGCAGACCAGUCCCCUUCUGGUGUGAAGACACGCAGAGGUCCUAUUACCAUGCUGUGGCAUGCCCUGCCCUGUUUGCACCCAUGACCAGUACCGUCAUCCCAAAUUCAUGCCUAGAAAAUCUUUACAGCGCCGCUUGCUAUUGAGUGUCCUGUCCUGUAACACACCUGCACGAGGCACAGUCAUAAGAUUUGUAUUGUUCACUCAGGCUCCCUCUCACUGCAGGGAUGGGAUGUACAGGGAGAAUUUUCCAUUCAUACAAGGAGAGGGACUGUUGAACCUGCAAAGGCCUUGGCGCUCUGUAGAGUCCUCUGGUAAGGACUGUAAAACAUAGACCUCGGUGAAUUACACCUCACUCUCCCUACAGAGCAAGAAAAUACUGUAUCACUUUACAGAAAAGAGCCGCGUGUAACAACGUGCAUGUACCACUGCUUGUACCACUGGCUUUGCAGUCUGCACUCUCGGCCCUAGAGUGCCCGGUGGGCCUGCAAAUAGAACAGAACCAGAAACAAUAGCCUGGGUGGGGCGAUACUUUGGAGAUGGACUAACCAAAGAUGGUUUAGGCCAGGACGAGAGCUCCCUGUUUGGGCUGCGGUCUGGUACUUUGAGACAUUUCCACCAGAUGUCAGUCUAAGAGCAUUUUAGGAGAGAGGUGCUCCCAGCUCGGGAGGGUUUUCCCCAGCCAGCCAGGACAAAAACGAGGCACAGAUGUAGACGGCAAAGAAAACUCAUGGUUGUGAAACUGCAAAAUCCUGUGAUUCAGAGAAAAUCAAGAGAGGAGCCCUCUCAAGAGGAAGGCUGAGUCAGGGUGUAUUCCUAUUUGAUAGCAUAUUUUUAAGUAAUUUUAUGAAAGUAGAUGCCUUACAUAACCAGUGAGAAGGCAUCUGCUGUCUGCUAUUGUUCAGGAAAAGUAUCUUUCUGAUCUUUCCAGCUCAGCCCUGAACAGUUAAUGCAAGUUGAAACAAGGUUAGGUGCUACCAGAAGAGAGCAAUGCAAGCCAAACAAGCAAAUGAGCCUUCUGGAGUUGGAAAAGAGCCUAACUCUGAUUUAGUGUGGGCUGGGUGAGUAUCCCUGUUCUGCCAAGAACCCCUCAUCCCUGCAACGCAGAGAAACAUCAGUGUGAGCUGGAAGAGUCCAAAAUGCAUUUCAGAUUGUCAAAAAAAAAAAAAAAAGCCUAAAAUGCUUUAGCUUUGGCUGUUCCUUGUACCGUAUGCUGUUCUGCCUCUGGUCAAAGGGUGUGGGCUUCCCAUUAAUAAAAAGCUAUCAUUAGUGUUAAUGAGAGAUAGGCACCUGUAUCAACAGGAGCGUGCUCCCCUCUCUGCUCCUCGUGCUGUGCUGGGCCCUCUGUGGUUAGCAGCGCUGGCUUGGCCAUCUUUAAUCCCCUGCGGGCAGCAGCAUGAGCUUUCACAAUACCUGACCAGAGAUCCAGUCUAGGCCUGCAGGAAACCUUUUAAGACCGGAGCGGUCCUAGGCCUGGAGGCCUUUGGCUAUUGGCCUUUAAUUCUCAAGCAGGCUACCUGCAUAUCCAUGAGCAUAUCCAUGCUCACUGGAAGCAAAGAAAGAGCCCUGGGAAGUCCUUCAGUUCAUUCUUCAGCACAUCCCAGGGCAGUGGGUCUUCUCCAGGCCACUAAUAGGUGCCUGGAGAAGACUCCUGUCUCAGACUCCACAUCCCUCAUUCUCACGCUUCUCAAUGAAAGAUCCCACCAGGGUGUGGGAAAGACAAUCCCUGGCUUGCCAGAGCGGGAGCCUCCCAGAGACCCUGCCUGCCUGAGACAUGCUUACUUCUCUGUGCAACAUGAAAUACAUUCCUCUUGGCUGCCCGUGAACUGACAGAGGACAGGGUGAGACACAAACGUUGCUCUGGCAGUGUUAGUGGGCUGAACGCCAGGGGAGAUGUGCUAGGUAGAUGCCAGGGCUCCCUGGGAAACAUUACUGCUCUCUUGUCCCAGGGCACUGCUUUCUAAACAUGCGCUUGGACAGAGCACUCCUAAAAGGCUGAUUUCCCUUCCUGGGAUCCCUGGGCUCUAACUACAGGGAGCAUGUUCAAGAGGUGAGAGCAGAGCAGCUGGCAAAGGCCACCCGUCAUAUGGACUUUUCUAUUAUUUGUAUUUUACCAGUUUGCCUGCCCUGGCAUGCUCAGUGCUGCUCAACCCGUUGCAAGAGACAGUCUGUGCCCUGAGCUGCCAGCGCACUAACUGGCCAAGGCUUCAAAGGCUGCGGGGUGACUCCCAGGCCACUCCAAGUGUUGCAAGCCCAAGUGCAUGUUUUGCCACUGGGGCCUGGCACCUGUGGGCAUCAAUUCUCUAUUGCCAGAAAUGUGGCUGAUGCCGAUUACUACUGGCAAAAUCCAGCACCAAGUGUGCUUUAUCUCUCAGUGCAUUUUCAACACCAGGACAAGCUCUCCAGGAAUGAGCCAGUCUUUCACCAUGGCUUGGACAAGAUGGAUAAGGUCCCAGAGGAGCAGGUGCACAUUCUGUUCUGCUGUGACAGCUUAAAUGUCAUUGCAAACCCUACCAUGGCAUACAUUAUCUUACAAUGUUUAUUCAUGUC